GUCGCCGCCGCCCGGUUUUUGCCCACACACUGGGCUCGCGUAAUAAACGUUGCGGAGUAUUCCAGCACACCACAGCACGCCAUACAAGCGGCUCGCAAGCUGCGCUGCAACGCCGCCGCGCCGCGGCUGAAAACCAGAGGCCGCGCCCGCUGGCCUCUCCGCCUGGUUAAAGCGCGCCCGCGCACGCGAUCGCCGCGCCCGGACCUCAGCGCGCUGCGCAGAGGUAGCAGAAAGCGCAGCGCGCGCAAACGCUAGCCGCCACCAUGUCGUUCGGCGCCUUUGGCACACCGAGCCAGCCGACGUUUGGCGCGUCAACAACCACGAACGCCUUCGGCGGUUUCCCGCCGCAACAACAACAAACCAGCGCAUUCGGGUCGACGAGCGCGCCUGCCUUUGGCUCGCCCCAGACACCGGGCGGCUUCGGGCAGACGAGUGCCUUCGGCGCCCCUGCGAAGACGCCGUUCGGCGCACCGGCGCCCGCGCCUGGAGGGCUCUUUGGAUCGCCCGCGACGCCCGGAGGCUUCGGGCAGACGACGAGCGCCUUCGGGUCGACGACGACGAGCGCCUUCGGCGCGACGCAGCCGUCCAACGCCACUGGCUUAUUCGGCGCGCCCGCCGCCGCUCCCUCUGCGUUCGGGUCGACGACGACGUCUGCGUUCGGGCAGACCACCUCCCCGUUUGGCGCGACCCAGCAAAAGGCAUCGCCUUUCGGCCAAACAACUGGUGGGGCCUUCGGCGCGGCGCAGCAGGCGCAGCCCGGCACGGGCCAGCCGCCCUACCAGCCGCACCGCGACCAGGAGCAGAACACGUCCGGCAAGCGCAUGGAGAUGGUCUACCACUGCAUCACGACGAACCCCGCCUACCGGGCCAAGUCCUUCGAGGAGCUGCGCCUCGAGGACUACAAGCAGGGCAAUAAAGGAAGGGGCGGCGCCGCGCCGGCUGCGGGCGGUUUCGGGAGCUCGCCGACGACCGGCGCCUUCGGCGCGACUACGACUUCGUCGCCGUUUGGGGCGCCCGCGCCCGCGCCGGGAGCCUUCGGCGCGCCCGCAUUCGGCGCACCCGCUCCCGCGGCUGGAGGACUCUUCGGAAGCACUCCGGCGCCAGCGCCAGGCGCGUUUGGGUCGACGUUCGGCGCGACGACGACGACGUCGCCGUUCGGUGCGCCCGCGCCCGCGCCGGCGGGUGGGCUGUUUGGAGCCGCCGCACCAGCCCCAGGCGCAUUCGGGGCUCCAGCUGCCGGCGGGCUCUUCGGCGCCAAACCUGCAGGGACGGGGCUGUUCGGAAGUACGCCCGCGCCCGCGCCCGGCGCGUUUGGCGCCGCACCUGCUUUUGGAGCAACCAAUACGACCACCGGCGGGGGUUUAUUCGGCGCCCCAAAGCCCGCGGGCGGCGGUUUGUUCGGCGCGCCCGCUCCCGCGCCAGGCGCGUUCGGCGCCGCGCCCGCGUUCGGCGCGCCCGCGGCGGCCCCUGCGGGUGGCCUAUUCGGAGCGCCUGCGCCAGCCCCCGGAGGAGGCUUAUUUGGGGCCCCGGCGCCGGCACCCGGCCUGUUCGGCGCCCCCGCGCCGGCGCCCGGCGGCCUCUUCGGGUCUACUCCGGCGCCUGCCCCCGGCGCUUUUGGUGCCGCAGCGCCAGCAUUCGGCGCCCCGAAGCCGGGAGGUCUCUUUGGCGCGCCGGCGCCCGCGCCCGGCGGCUUGUUCGGGAGCGCCCCGGCGCCGGCCGGUGGACUGUUCGGCUCGACGCCAGCCCCCGCCCCGGGGGCCUUCGGCGCACCCGCGGCGAGCGGCGGGCUUUUUGGGGCCCCGAAGCCCGCGGGAGGCCUGUUCGGCGCGCCGGCGCCCGCGCCUGGGGGCCUCUUCGGGUCGACACCGGCGCCGGCGCCCGGGGCGUUCUCCCUGGGCGGCACGGCGACGUCGGGCGGCCUAUUCGGCGCGAAACCUGCCGGGGGAGGUCUGUUCGGCGCGCCGGCGCCCGCGGCCGGCGGACUGUUUGGCUCGACGCCGGCGCCCGCACCCGGCGGCGGGUUGUUCGGAAGCUCACCUACAGGAGCCUUUGGCGCGCCCUCGACGGGCGGCGGCCUCUUCGGCGCCGCGGCGAGCCCCCUCGGCGCGCAGCAGCAGCAGCAGUCGCUGGUUACAUCCCCCUACGGCGCCGGCGCCGAUGGCAGCGUUGCAGCGCUCGCGCAGCGGUCCGCGGCGCUCGAAGCGCGGCUCGGGCCGUCCGUGGUCGGCGUCUCGGAGGCCGACGCGACGGCCAAGGCCGCCGACCGCGUCGCCGACGGCGCCGCGGUCCGCCUCGACACGCUCCAGAACGGGGCCGCGCGGCGCACGUCCGAUGCCGGGCGACGGGCGCUCGACGCCGCGCUGGCCGGGCCGACGACCUACUCGCCCGCGGCGCGCGCGCCGCCGCGGUCCCGCCACGACACGCCCUCGAGAGCGGCACGGCCCUCGCUCGCCGGGUCGCCCGCGGUCUCGGUGGGCCGGCCGUCGCCCGCGGCCUAUUUGGGCCUGGGCCACCGCCGCCUCGUCCUCGACGCGGAGGCGCGGUCGUCGCCGACACGGCGGUCGUCGAGGCCGUUCGAGAAGGAGGCGGCCGCGGUCCCGGCGCUGCCCGCGCCGCCGCGGCAAGGUGUCGCGCCGCUCGCGCUC